AUGGCGCAACACACCUUCAACAAACAGCCACCACGACAAACAUAUGGCCUUGUGUCAUUCCCAGUACAACAUGUCAUGCUUGUGGUCUUUAACAGACCCAAAGCUCUAAACUCUAUGACCAGCGACGCAGAAUAUGAGCUUGAAGCCCUUUGGGAGUGGUACGACAAUGAGUCUUCCCUCCGGUGUGCCAUCGUUACAGGCGCUGGGCGUGCAUUCUGUGCAGGCAUGGACCUCAAGGAAUGGAACCAGAUCAACCAGCGCAAAAGAGAUGGCAUACCCGAGAAGCGACCGAUGGACCCGCCUACGACGGGAUUUGGCGGCCUCUCGCGUAGGAGCGGAAAGAAGCCCAUUAUCGCUGCUGUUAACGGCUUGGCCAUGGGAGGCGGGUUCGAGAUGAUUGCCAACCUCGACCUAAUUGUCGCUGCCAAAAGCGCUGUAUUUGCCCUGCCAGAGGCCAAGAUUGGUGUCGUCGCUAAUGCGGGUUCCCUGCCGAGACUAGCUAGGACCAUUGGCCGUCAUAGAGCAACUGAGAUGGCCCUGACGGGACGGAGCAUCAGCACUACAGAAGCCCGCGAGUUUGGCAUUCUCAACGCUAUAACUGAAGAUGCUCCAGCGGACUGCGACGUGCUGGAGCGUCCAGUAGUGAAGAAAGCUCUCGAGUACGCGGCUGCAAUCAUCGGCAACAGUCCCGACAGCGUGAUUGCGUCUCGAGCUGGUAUCCUUGCUGGCUGGGAAUAUGGGAGCGCCGAGAAUGCAGUACGUGUGCAUCGUCAAACGUGGGACUCUGUCAUGGCGGAAGGAUACAAUUUCCAUGAGGGCGUGCAGGCCUUUGUGGAGAAGAGGAGUCCAAGAUGGGUGGACAGCAAGCUAUGA